AUGCCAGGGAAUGGGCAACUCACAGUUCCUCCAGGCUUCCGAUUUCACCCAACAGAUGAAGAGCUCCUCUAUUAUUACCUGAGAAAGAAGGUCUCUUACGAAGCCAUCGACCUCGAUGUUAUCAGGGAGGUGGAUCUCAACAAAUUGGAGCCCUGGGAUCUGAAAGAGAAAUGCAGAAUUGGAUCAGGGCCUCAAAAUGAGUGGUAUUUCUUCAGCCACAAGGACAAGAAAUAUCCAACUGGAACUCGAACAAAUCGAGCAACCACAGCUGGAUUCUGGAAGGCAACCGGGAGAGACAAGGCCAUCCAUCUCAGCAAUUCCAAGAGGAUUGGCAUGAGGAAAACCCUAGUCUUUUACACAGGCCGUGCGCCUCAUGGCCAAAAGACUGACUGGAUCAUGCAUGAGUAUCGCCUUGAUGAUGACAAUCAUCAUGCUGAGAUUCAUCAGGAGGAUGGAUGGGUGGUGUGCAGAGUGUUCAAAAAGAAGAACCAAAUGAUCAAUAGAGGUUUCCAACCAGAAAUUAAUGGUCAUGAUCAAGAAGAACAUGACUACAUUACCAGUAGUACAAAUAUGAAGGCAAGUGGUUCUGGCUCAGUAGUAGUAUUAGAUCAUCAUCAUCAUCAUCACCAUCUGCAAGCACUAUAUGAUUAUACUACUAGUACUCCUUUUGACGGCUCCAUGCACCUACCACAGUUGUUCAGCCCUGAGACCUCAGCUCCUCCAUCCUUGAUAUCGCCACUAUCUUUGAACAACAUGGACGUCAUUGAGUGCUCUCAAAACUUGUUACGUCUAACAUCCACUAGUGCAACUACUACUACUACUGGAACUGGAUCCACAUGUGGAGGCCUAGGAGGACUGCAGGCCGUGCAUCAGCAGGAGAGAUUCAAUGGUGGCGAUUGGUCAUUCUUGGACAAAUUACUGGCAUCUCAUCACAGCCAUCUGCAGCAGCAAGAUCAUCAGCAGCAGCAGCAGCACCCCCCACCUCCAAACAAAUGCACUAACCCUUCAUCGUCAAAUGAUCAUGUACUUGCUACUACUUCAACCUCGUCUCACAGGUCAACUUUCCCGUUUCAAUAUCUUGGCUGCUGUGACGCUGCUGACAUUUUGAAAUUCUCCAAGUAGCUAGCUAGGUAGGUUUCAACAGUGCCAUCAUCAAUCUCAUAUUUUCACUACCAAUCAUCCCAGUUAAUUUAUAACCUCUGUGGCGGGCCACUCAUUUUUACUACAACCUAGUAGGCACUUCCAUCCAUAUACUACGUAUCU